AUGUCUCGUCCAGAAGAUUUAGCUCCACCAGAAUUUUUUUACAAUGAUUCAGAAUCAAAGAAAUAUACUUCUUCUACAAGAGUGCAACAUAUUCAAGCUAAAAUGACUCUACGUGCUUUAGAACUGAUGAAUUUACCUGAAAAUUCUUUCAUUUUAGAUAUUGGUUGUGGUUCAGGUCUAAGUGGUGAAAUUUUAACAGAGGAGGGCCAUAUGUGGUGUGGUUUAGAUAUUUCACCAAGUAUGUUAGCAACUGCUUUGACAAGAGACAUCGAAGGUGAUUUGAUGUUACACGAUAUGGGUCAAGGUAUUCCCUUCAGAGCAGGCUCUUUCGACGCUGCCAUUAGUGUAAGUGCUAUACAAUGGUUAUGUAAUGCCGAUACUUCUUAUAAUGAUCCAAAAAAGAGAUUAAUGAGAUUUUUUAAUACUUUGUUUGCUGCUUUGAAAAAAGGUGGUAAAUUUGCAGCACAAUUUUAUCCAAAAAAUGAUGAUCAAAUCGAUCAAAUUCUACAAACUGCUAAAGUUGCAGGUUUUAGUGGUGGUUUGGUCAUUGACGAUCCAGAAUCUAAAAAAAAUAAAAAAUACUAUCUAGUUUUAACUUCAGGUUCACCAAAAAGUUCAGAUGAACAAGUUAAUCUACAAGGUGUAACGAUGGAUGCUGACAAUUUAGAAGUUGCUCGUAAAAAAUUCAGAAAAGAUGCUGAAUCGAGGAAAAAUUAUAUUUUAAGAAAGAAAGACUUAAUGAAAAAGCGUGGUAGAAAGGUCGCCCAAGAUUCUAAGUUUACUGGUAGAAAGAGAAGACCAAGGUUUUAA